AUGGGGUCAUCAUAUAUUGUACCACCAGUCAGCAAUAACGAAUGCAAGUUACCGCUGAUUCAUUCAUUGGAUUUGCACGGUUAUCACAGCACACUUCCACCAUUGUACCGGCCAGCAGAUGUUAAUGGCCUCACAAAUCCAAAUCCAAACCAAUUAUCAAAGCCAUUAACUUAUUACACACCAGGCCAGAAACAGAUUCCACCGGCUGGAUAUUUAUCACCAGGGUUUGUUCCUCAGUCAUUUGGAUACCGCACCAACUACACUGCCACAAAUGUGGCCAAUAAUCCAACAUAUAAUAGUAGCAAUACGUCCAACCAUUUUACGCAUAUAACUCCAGCAUCAUCGCCCUCUCGUUCUGAUUCAUCUUCGACCGAUGGCUUAUCAACACUAUACAAUGUUGCUACUGCUUCUGACGAAGCAAGUGCCCGCGAGAGGAAGUACAGCGAUUCGCUGGAAUCACACAGUGACUCCAAAAGUACUACACCUGAAGUUGUGAUUCUGCACCCUGAUUCUAUACCAUCCACCAAAAGCUGCAAACCUAGAAAGAAGAGACAAUGUCCUGAAUGUAACUUGUUCUUCUCGAACUUGGCUACACACAAAUCCACGCAUCUUAAACCAACAUCGAGGCCUCACAUUUGUAAAUACUGUAAUCGAGGUUUUGCUAGACCUAAUGACUUAUUCCGUCAUACAAGAUGUCACUGGAAAGAUGCGGGCUUCAACAAAGGACAGUUCAAAUGCCCUUACAAAAACCACUCUACAGGUGAUAACUGUUGUCAUACAUCGGGCAUAUUCAGUCGUUGUGAUACUUUCAAGAACCAUCUUAAAGCUAUUCACUUUCAGUAUCCUAGUGGCACCAAAAAAGACCAAAGAAAUAAGGUUAGUGGUAACUGUAGAAUGUGUCACAAAUUUUUUACCACGGUUGACGAUUGGUUGGUAAAUCAUGUAGAAAAGCAUGAGUGCCCAUUUGGGAAUUAG